CCGCAGCUCAGCUGGAAGCCGGAAGCCAGUUGUGUACUUUCCCGCCGCCGCUUUAAUCCUCUCUCCGACGUCAAGGUCAGCCCUAAUCCCCGACGAGCUCCACUCUCUUCUCUUCUAUCUUGUAUCCAUUCCGUUGCUGCUUUCUUCACUUUGUUUCUGUUCCCAUCUUUCCCCUUUCCUAGGGUAACAUUUGUGCAAUUAGAAUGCAAUAGAAACUCACUGGAAACUGAUUUGCGUUCUUCGCGAGAAGACUAGGGUUUUUGAAAGCAGAGCUAGGCCGAGAAGGAAGUAGGUGGAAAUGGCGUUUAGAGGGAGAGAAAUGAUGAAUAAAGUGCUGAGGAAAGUAGGAGGCAAGGAUUUGCCGACUGCAAUCAAGGGAGCCCUGAAGAAAGCCAUACCUGAUCGAAAGGUGGUGAUGGGCAGAGCUCAGCGCGGUCUGUUUGCUGGCAAACAUAUUCAAUUCGGCAACCAGAUCAGUGAAGAUGGUGGAAAUAAAUCAAAGAGAAACUGGAAGCCGAAUGUCCAAGAGAAGAGGCUAUUCAGCUACAUCCUCGACCGCCACAUCCGAGUAAAGGUCACUACACAUGCCAUCCGUUGCAUAGACAAGGCAGGAGGGAUCGACGAGUAUCUGCUCAAGACGCCGUAUCAGAAGAUGGACACGGAGAUGGGACUCUUUUGGAAGGCCAAGAUAGAGAAGAAGUACGAGGACCUCGGGAACUCGGACGUGGUCUUCUUCUCGCCCGAAGACGAGGAGAAGUUUGCACAGGGUUUCAGCGACAUGAAGCUGUCUGAACGUGAUGCUAGAAAGGAGUUCAGAAGGCAACUGUACUCCGAGUUUGCAAAGCAGAAGAAGGCCGCUGAAGGCAAAGCUCGCGUUAGUUACAUACUGGCUACCUCGGAUACAGCUCCUGGAAAGCUGAUUGCUAACAGAUGAAGGUAAGUGUCUUCCCCAGGUUGGUGAUGGUGACUAGUGAUGGAUUUCCAAAUGGAUGGAUUUGAGAAGUAGGUGGAUUUGGGAAAAUAAAAUGAGUUUAGGGAACGACAGAUUUUGGAUUUCGAUGAACUUUUGUGAUGAAUUGUACGAGGUGGAUGAUGUGUGAGCUCGGUAUGAGUAGUUGGUGAAUUUUGAUGGAUAUUCAGGCUCCACCACCAUGAACCAAGGAUUGUGAAACCAGAGGUUAUAUCGGAAACGUCAAUGAUAGGGUAUUUUGUAUUAAAAUUGUGGUUUAACUGUUUUUUGCUAUUAAUAUCGCUUAUUGUUUUGAGUCUGA